UUCAUUUGAUUCUAACCCUAAUAUUACUAAUAACUGUUUUAGAUAAAAUGUGUUUUUAUAUUUUCAAAUUUUAUAUCACGCGUGUAUAAUAUAUACGUGUGUAGGACAGAACAAAAGACUACUUUUAAAGAUAAGUAGUGAAAUAUUUCUUCGGUCAUUAAUGUAAAAAUAAGAAUAAAAAAUGGAAAUAUUUUACAUUAAAUGUUUAUUAUCAUAUUCAGUUUUAUAAAAUUACACUUAAAUUUGAGAGAGAAAGAGAGAGGAGAACAGAAAUUUUCUUAUUGCGAAUGAAAUAAGUGAGAUCGUGGAGACAAUCGAAGGUAGACAGAAAGGGACGCUUCUUUAUAUAUACGAUGGAUACACUUAUAAUUGCGACAAGCGGCUGAAGAACACCUAUCGAUGUUCAACUCGUCGUGUAACAAAGUGUCCUGGUAUGGCAAAAAUUAUUGAUGGACAAGUGCAUAUUGAAACUAUGCAUGGAGAGCACCCACCGGAUUACAAAAUAUUGGAAAAAUAUAAGUUGCGAAGCGAAAUGUUGCGUUUGUCGCGAGAAACAUUAUUUCCACUGAAAGAGAUUUUUGAUAAUGUGUGUCGAACAAAUAUAGAAGUAGCUGCAGAUAUAUCAUACAUUAGUAUGAAAUCAGUUAUGAAUCGUCAACGUGCUAAACAAAGACCUUCUGUACCUCACAGUUUUGAAGCUCUGUCAUCUGAAUUAUAUAAGUGCGCGUGGAUCAAGGAAUAUUAUAAAGGAAGUGUAAUUGCUGAUGAUGGUAGCAUGGCUGUCAUAUUUUCGAGUGACGCACUUAUUAAUUCCUUAAAAACUGCAACAGAAAUUUUUGUUGAUGGAACAUUCUAUGUUGUUCCUCGUGAUCCACACAUUUGUAUACAAUUGUAUACUGUUCAUAUGCGAUUUAAGGAUAAAGGAAUUGCUUCUGUUUUUAUAUUAUGUGAAAAACGGACAUAUGCUCUGUACCAAGUAAUAUGGGAAAAAAUAUUAGAAUUUGUUCCAGAAUUGAAGAGUAAUGUAAAAUUUAUAAUGAGCGAUUAUGAAAAAGCGGCGAACAAAGUUCUUCAGAAGUGCUUUCCUGAAGCCAGUAUUAAAGGAUGCUGGUUUCAUUAUAAUCAAGCUGUAGUACGUAAAUGGCGGCAACUUGGGUUAAAGCACUCUCCAAACAAAUUAUUAACUAUGGUAAUGUCAGUACCAUUAGUGCCACAUACGCUUUUUGAAGAAUGUUUUACAAUAUUGCAAAAUGUAGCUGAUACUAUGUAUGAUGACUACCCUGCAGUGCUACAAUUUAUUUACGUAAGACAUGGUUGCCUGCUGCUAACCAAGUCUCAGUGUAUGAUUGUCCUAUUCGUACAAAUAAUUUAGUUGAAAGCUUCCACAAAACACUUUUACAUAAAUUUAAAUAUAAACAUCCAAAUGUGUGGAUAUUUAUUGGUAAGUUUAUAUUAAAUAAUAAAAAUGUAUGUUGUUCUGUAUACAGGGUGUUUCAGAUCACCCGUACACCCCUUUUCUCUUC